AGCAUUUUUGAUUGGUUUUCACUUCACAGCACCACAAUGGCGGACAAGAAAGCACAUGGACCGAAGUCGGAUAUAUUAAAUGAGAUUAAAGCUAGCACGAAAAAAUGUACAGCAAGCAGAAAGGAAUCCAAUAAAAUUAUUGACAUAAUAUCAUAUGCAGAGUCUUCAGAAAAAGAUAUUUUACUGGCCUGUGUUCGAGCGUUUCAUAAAAUUUUUGUCCAGUUUUUGACUACAGGAGAGAUGUUCCUAGAAACAAUACCUUCGGACAAGACUGACAAAGGCUUAAGCAAACAAGUUCAGUAUAAAAUUUGGCUAAUGGACCGAUACCAGGACACUGUUGACCGCCUCGUUCAACUUCUUGAGUCUGAAUACUCAUCAAUACAGGAGCUGGCACUUUGCACACUGAUGAAGUUUGUGGAGACAGAAGGCAAAAAUCCUGUGACAAAAAUAUCCUCAAAAAAGUCACAUUUUCCAGUAGUGAUGUUUAUGAAGGUGAUGAAGCAGCUCAUGAAUACAGAGACAAACCUACAGGACCUUAUAGGUAAAUUUCAGGAGUACCUAACAUAUGAUGACGUACGAUUCCAUGUGUUAAAAUCCACCAUGAUGGACCUUAAAGAAAAGAAAAACACAAUGCCUGGAGAUGUAUAUCUUAACAAUAUGUUCGCUGUUCUGGAACGUGUGACGUUUCCAGCUUCACCAGAGGAAAAACUUACUACCUUCUUAACUACACUGCCAGAUGAAGAUGUUCAGUUGAAAAUGUCAUCAUUAAGGGAACAGAAGCGCUUGUUUACAACUUCCUGGGUAACGUUUCUCGCCUUCCAGCUGCCAACGAAUCUGUAUCGACGGUCACUAAUUAUUCUCCAUGACAAAGUGAUGCCGUAUAUGACAAGUCCUGUGAUGCUGUGUGACUUUCUCACCGAGUCUUAUAACAUAGGUGGCGCCAUCAGUCUGCUAGCUCUAAAUGGAAUAUUUGUGCUGGUUCAAAAAUACAAUCUAGAUUAUCCAGAUUUCUAUGGAAAACUAUAUGCUUUAUUUGAGCCAUCCAUCUUCCAUGCCAAGUACAGGGCACGAUUCUUCUAUCUAGCGGAUCUGUUUUUGACGUCUACUCACCUGCCGGCUUACUUGGUUGGAGCUUUUGCCAAGCGUCUAGCCAGAAUCUCACUGACAGCACCUCCCUCAGGAUUAACUGUGUCCAUACCCUUCAUCUAUAACCUAAUACACAGACAUCCCAACUGUCGGAUAUUACUACAUCGCACAGACGGGCCUUCAGAAGUAUCCGAAGACCCCUAUGAUCCAAGUGAACCUGACCCAACCAAGUGUCGUGCGAUGGAGAGCUGUCUUUGGGAACUUAAGACUCUGCAGUCUCAUUUUCAUCCUGACGUGGCCAGAAGUGCACAGAGGAUAGACGGUGAAAUACAAACAACCGAAACAGAUCUCUCAGAUCUUUUUGAAAUGUCUUAUGAUGAUCUGUUUGACAAAGAAACUCGCAAGAAAGUGAAAUUUGUGCCUGUGAACUUUGAAACACCAAAAGGACUUCUGGGAUCAAAAUCUGAUCGAAUGAAAUUGUGUUGGAGACUUGAAUAAAGAGUGUUCGGGAUAAAAGGCAAAAAGAUUUAGAUCAAAUUGGCGGAGUUAUAGAGGGGAAACCCUGGAUAAAAAUCGUAUACAUUGGGAGUGGGAAGAGAUGGGUGCCUGGGGAAAGGGAUUUAUUUUUGUGGUGCUAAAAAGCUGAUAUUGUUAUUAGUUGCCUAUUAUGAAAAUAAAAUCUCUUAAAACAAU